AUGGCCAGCGUUCGGUCCCUGAUUGGGCUGGCUUUUUUCGCGGCCAUCGGCGUCCUCAUGUUGCUCUUAGGCUGUGCCCUUUACAACAACUGGUACCCUAUGUUUAUCCUCAUUUUCUAUGCCCUCUCCCCGGCUCCUUGUCUCAUCGCCAGGCACUUCACAGACGAUCUGGAACCCAGCGACUCGCCUCUUUGGGAUCUGUGUAUAUUCCUAACAACUGGAAUUGUAGUCUCCGCGUUUGGACUCCCAACUGUGUUUGCACACCAGGGAAUCAUAGGCAUCCCAUCAUGUGUGCUAAUCAUGGCGGGAAACUUCGUGGUGUUUUGCACAAUCUUGGCUUACUUCAUGCUAUUUACAGGCGACGACCAGUUUUCAUUCGCAACGUGGAUUUAG